AUGAUACGUCUUCUCCUCCUCCUCCUCCUCCUCCUCCUCCUCCUCCUCCUCCCCCUCCUCCUCCUCCUCCCCCUCCUCAAGGAAGUCCACGAUCUGUUCAGCCGCCCCGCACUACUUGUCAAGCGAAACGAGGUGAUCAAGAACGGCCUGCCUCUCUACCGUGAUCUAACGGCGCCUCAAGGCUGGAACAUCAAACAGCGCUGCCAGGACCGUCUCGUCAUCAUCUUUGCAACUGCCGAGGCGCGCCACACUCUUUGCCGGGAGACAAUUCGCCCCGUCGCGGCCCAAAGAAACCAAAGCCCCAGCCCCAGAGACGUCAAAGUGAGUGAGUGCCUGCAUUUGACAUUCUCCGGGUUCCGUGUCACCCACCUCCUCCUAGCCCCUGCAUGUGAAGCCUUACGGGCACCUCCCAAAAAGACUCAAGCCACGGCAAACCACCGCGCCACAAGCCCCUCCGCCUGGCAAGACAUAGCCCUAGCAUAUUCGAGGGGAUGCGGAGGUUUAGCAUCCGCAACAUCCGCUCUCCUCCUCGUCGAGGGCUUUCCCCUCUCUCCUCGACCUGGCUGUUACGCCCUCGUCUCCAGCGAACAAAGUCAUGAACACCGGAUUCUAAGCGCCCUCCGAUGA